UCAGUUAACACAACCAUGUUUUGCGAGGAGAGCUCAUUAAUCUGCGCACAAAUGAAAAGUGAAGAAUCAGUACGUGUUGGAGGAUUCUGCAAAGCACACACGCUGGUGAAUAUGUUACGGUGGUCAGCUUUUUUAGUUAUAUUAGCUCUACAAACAGUUAUGAUAGAAGCGGAACUUAAUGAAGAUUGUAUAACCACAUCUCAUCAAAUUGGACAGUGCCGGCUUGUUAAAAACUGCGAAUAUGUUCUAAAUAUAUUGCGUAAUCCAAAUCAGACACCCGAAGAGUUGUAUUUCAUAGAUCAUAACAAAUGCGGAAGUACAACAGCCAAUCCUCGACCAUUACCAUUAAUUUGCUGCCCAUUGUUUUAUAAUGUGGAAAAAUGUGGUAUUUCAAAAAUUAGUACUCGUGUUUUCGGAGGAACCGAAACCAUCUACGGGGAAAUACCAUGGGCUGGAGUGAUUGUUUAUAAAAUAAAUAAAAAACGAUCGUCAGUAAACUGCGGAUGUACUCUAAUUAAUUCAAGAUGGGUAAUAACUGCAGCUCAUUGCUAUAGUAACGUCCCUAGUAGCUGGAAAAUACAUAGUGUACGAUUUAGUGAAUAUAAUACAAAACAACAAUCACCCUGUACCUUCUCGAAUAAUGUGCGACGAUGUAGAGUUGAAUAUGAAGUGAAUGAACUCAUAGUUCAUCCUUCAUAUCAAAGAAAAUCUAUGGAUAUGCAACACGAUAUAGCUUUAAUCAGCACGAAGGAGAACAUUAAAUUUAGUGACUAUGUCAUUCCAAUUUGUUUGCCGUUUGAUGAUAAAAUACGCGAACUACGUAUUGAUAAGCAAAGUUUUACCGUUACCGGAUGGGGACAAACUGAGAAAGAAAACGAAGCUGGCCUGCAACGUCAUGUAACUAUUCCAGGCCGAAAUAACAGUGUUUGUGAUGAAGCAUUCUCGUAUCUCAACAUAAAACUGACAGAACAACAAAUUUGCGCUGGAGGAGAAUCUGGCCAGGAUUCAUGUCGCGGUGAUUCGGGUGGGUCGUUAACAGUGCAGCUGGGACUUGUCAAUUACCUUGUAGGAAUAGUAAGCUUCGGCCCCCAAGAAUGUGGAACUGCAAACCAUCCAGGAAUUUAUACUAACGUAAUGCAAUAUCUCGAUUGGAUUGAAGACAUUUUUAACGAAUAACAAAACUAAUGAUUACAAUGUGAAAAUUUAAAAUAGUGGUUGUUUCGGCUGCCACUAAUGACAAGUCCAUGCCAUUAAAUAUACAUAUUAGCGUGCCUAGAAAAAUUCACUUGAAUUUACACUAACGUCGCUUUUACGUUUUUUUGAGGGCCCACGGCACCAUUCGGAACGCGACUAGCAAAAGCAACACUUAGAUUACUCGUCUAUUAUUGUUCCAGUUGAAAAUCGAAAUAUUGACUCGCGACUUUCGAUUUUUUUGCCUUAUGCCCAAUGCGCAUAAUGUCGCAUCUAGUGCGCGCGCUGUAUAGCGCAUCAGAUAAGCUGAACAGCGCACUAGAUGCGAGAUUAUUCGCAUUGUACAUAUUGUCGAUUGCGGGAGAAAUUAUCUCGCAAGAUGCAUGAAAAACGCAGUAGAAGUGCGCGGGUAAAACCAAUCAUGUUGGUGUCUCUACAAAAAGUGCGCAAAUCCAAUUUCCGCACUUUUCGUAGAAGAUAAUACCGCGAUUAGACGUACCCGCGCACUCCUACAAGAAUUUUUCGCGAGAAAAUUUGUCGCAAUCAACAAUAAGGUAAAAGAUCGAAUGUCGCAAGUCGUUUUUUCGAUUUUCAGCUGGAACGGCAAUAUUAAUAUUCAACACUCCGGCGUGAAAAAUAUCACGCACCUAUCUGAGCGAACACCAGAAGUAACUCGAUUGCUAUGAUUAAAUUUAGGCGCGAAAUACCUUUAUGUUACCAUUGCACAGUGAUAGGAAAAGGCAAUUUGACGAACUUAUAGUUCUUUUGUGUUUAAACGGUUCAUGUUAGCCAAAGACAACGUUCAAAAGAAUUGUUCUCAAAAAUAUAACGGAAAUGGUGAUAAGAAUUUUUUUGAUCAUGGCCUACUAUCAUAAAAAUAAAAUAUCUAACUUUUGAUACAGCGAAGAUACAUGAAUGGUUUCUUUAGCAAAGUUGUAGAACUUUUCACAAUAUGAAACUUUGCAGAAGAUAUUGAAUUUCUAUGACGUCUAUUUACUGAAAUACGAAGCAUAUUCGCUGUCAACCCCCUAAAAUUUAGAUUUUCUAGCAUAACUUUUUAAAUAUUUGUUUCUCAAGAAAAAAUGUUCUAGACAAAAAUGACCAACAUAAAAAUACAGGUUUCUUUCGAAGACAACAUUUUGCUAUAAUCCUUCUAUACUGAGUUAGAGUGUUUUUUCAUUAAAUUAUUUCGUGGAUUUGAAUGCAUAUAGGGGAGAAAGAGGCAAACCGGUACACAUCAUCAAAUAUUUUUUUUAUAGCUUAGACCUUGUAAGUAAUAAAGCUUAGACCUUGGAGCAAUAAACAUUGUUGGAUUUUGAUUUGAAAAUGAUUGAAAAUUUUGGAUAUUGGAUAUUUUUCAAUGAAUUGCAUUGUUGAAUGAUGUAUGUCAAAAUAUUCUAAAAUUCUACGAAGUACUGAAAACAUACUUUGAACCACCAACCUCUAUAUUUAGAGCCGUUUGCGGAAAUGUUUCGGAUUAAUUAUAUUUUGGAUCAUCAUAGAUCUGUUUAGAGUAGAAAUAGGGGAUUUCAGGAAGACAUCUUUUUGCCGUGAAUUUUUGGCAUUUGAAAACUAAAAAAUCCAGUUUAUAGCGGUUUACAAGCAUUCUCAGUCAAUUUAAUAUCGUUAAAUGUAAUAAAUUAAAAAAUAAUCAACUGUAAAUUACUACAGCUUCUUCGCUCAGCAAGCAACGGCCGAAUGGUAAACAGAGCUCAAAACUUGGCAUGGUCAAAAUCUGUCCGCUCUAGUCAGAGAUAAACAUAUUUCGGCCAUGCCUUAAACUACUAUUUCAACUUUUUCCAACUUGUUACAGAAUAAAACUGUUUCUAUGGUAUUUUAUAGAUGUUACUAAAACAAUGAAUUGUUUUAAAAGCAUACCUAUUUGUUACAACAGCUUUUGGAAGAUGACUUAAAUAUUACCACUUCCUUUUGACUUUGGGUUGACUCAGGCAUAGUUUUGAAUAUGUGUAAACUAAUUCCAAAAUAAUGCUAGCAAGAAUCAAUGUUUUACCGUAAACUAUAAUGUAGUAUGAUUCCUAAGUAUAUUAUUUCAAUGAUGCAUCCAUAGUUUUCUAAUAUUCAUUGAAUUUAUCAGAUAAAAUACACCAGCGAAACAAAAAAAAGGUAGCAAUAGGGUCACCAUGCGGCACUAGUGUACAAGUGAUUUAUAACGCAAUUCUCUUUAAAAGUUUACACGGAAUUCUCGAUCAAUAUCGUUCUUACUUGGACGUCUGUCUGUGCUUUUAUUGUUUUCAUAAAAAAUUUAGAUUUUGAAAAAAUACUAACAGAACAAAAUGACAUCUUUAAGUUCAAAGAAACGUAUGUGUACAGUUCAGGCUAAAUAAAAAAUGUCAUUAAAAAAAUAUUUUUAAUUAUUUUGAAUUUAUGUACACAAAAUUUCAAAAUACACACGAAAUUUUAUAUACUUACAAAAAAACCGAAUUAAUCCACCUAGUGGUGAGACCCAGCCUUUCUCAUUCGAACUUAUUAUUUGUUCAAAUAGAAUUACACAACACUCCCAUUUAAAAAAAAACACCUUGAAAGUUUCUGCUGGAUUUAUUUUUCACUUUAAAUAACGAAUUUCUGGUAGCCAACAGCACAAAUAUAACGAACAUUCAAAACCUAACAUUCACACACAUAUGAGCAUACAUUAACACUUACACAUGCAAAUAUCAUGAAAUAAAUAUGUUUCAAAUACAUUACGCGAAAAAUCCACUGCCGACUUAUUCUGUUGCUCACCCCUAGCUACACACCCUGCUGUGCAGGCGUUGUUUAUGCGACUGAAAGGAAUGUCUCAUCACAUACAGGAGAGUCAGCUGACGCUGGUAACUCUUAUAGACCUGUGUGAUCGAGACCAAAGCCAGUCUGAGUCAUACCUGCGAGUGCAACACGACAACGGAAGGUGCUCCGUAGGGCUAAAUUUUUUCGAAUUGAUUUCUAUCUUCAACAACGGCUUCUACAUUCAAGUUUAUUAAAGGCAGACAGUGUGUGCAGCCGGGGAAGCGAAAAAUAAGCGAACUGAAAAUGUGUUUUAGAUUUGGAAAAACAUACCGCAUUCAGACGGGACAUGAACUCGCAGUCUCCCUGACUACUUCACUGGUUGCCGGAAUACUUCCUAAAAUGGCCAAAUUCUGCCUAAUCUGGUUAUAGUACAACAUCAAAUUUGAAAAAUGUUGAGGCCACAUAUUUUGAUCGUUGCUAUAGUUUUAAACAGUCUCCGAGCCACUUUUCUUUCCAUAACUUUUGAACCACAUGCUUAAACAUUAUGAUGGUUUUAAAGACAAGUUCAUUUGGUCCAUUGAAUCCAACUAUGUUCAGAUCGGUUGUGUAGUUUCUGUGGUACCCUAUUAAGUUUUGUGAUUUUUACAAUUGGAUACAUAACGGACAAAGUUAAAGUCCGAUAACAGUGUAAUUAAAUAGGAUUUUAUUGCGCAACUAGAUCUUUUAUUUGAGACUAAUUCAGUGAAAAUCGGUCCAACCAUUCUGAACAAAUUGAGUGAGCUUAAACAGUCUUUGGAAUAUGUUUCUUUUCAAACCGUGAGUUCCUCUUUUAUACUUAAGUUUGAACCACAUGUUAUAUAAUUAGUUAAAGAUUUUCAAGACAGGCCGUUCAUUUGGCACCUUACUUACUUUACUUUUUUGGCUUACGGACCGUUCACCGGUCUAGGGCCGAACGAAUUAGAGAUGUCCAGCUUCUUCUGUCUUGGGCAGUCGUUCGGGGAGACUGUACACCAGCAGAUCGUGCAUCUUCUUCCACCCCACACAUCCACCGCGUGCGAGGCCUACCACGGAGUCGACGGCCUCUCCCUGGUUCUCUAAUGAAGAUAGUUCUGGCGGCUCUCUCGUCAGGCAUCCUGGCUACAUGUCCAGCCCACUGAAGCCUGCCCCGCUGUAUUACCUUCGCUAUAUCAGCAUGUUUGUAUACCUGGUACAACUCGUGAUUCAUUCGUCUGCGCCACACUCCAUCUUCCAGUUUACCGCCAAGUAUCGAUCGCAGAGCUUUACGCUCAAAAACUCCGAGCACUCGUCGAUUGGCUUCCUUCAGCGUCCAUGCUUCAUGUCCGUAAAGGGCCACCGGGAGUAUCAGCGUCUUAUACAGCGCUAGUUUUGUGCGAGUUUGCAAACUACGGGACCUUAGCUGGUUACGCAGACCGUAGAAAGCCUUGUUCGCAGCUGCAACUCGUCGUUUCACUUCACGGCUCAUAUCGUUGUCACAUGUCACAAGCGUACCAAGAUAAACGAAUUCGUCAACCACUUCAAAUCGUUCCCCAUCUAUCUCCACCUCAGCACCAACACCACGGGGACUCCCACGCUCUCUGCCAGCUACCAUGUACUUCGUUUUGGCAGAGUUAAUGACAAGUCCCAAUCUCGCUGCUUCUCUCUUAAAAGGUACGAAGGCCUCAUCCACGGCCUUACGGUUGAUACCGAUGAUAUCGAUGUCGUCCGCAAAGCCAAGAAGCAUGUGAGAUUUCGUGAUGAUCGUGUUGUUUCUUUCGACGUUUGCUCUUCGUACUGCACCCUCAAGAGCGAUGUUAAACAGUAGGUUGGAGAUCCCCCUGCUUCAGUCCAUUCAACGUUACGAACGCGGCUGAUGUCUCGCCAGCUCCGCACGCACGAUUUUGAUCCCUCCAGUGUCAUACGACUCAGCUUUAUUAGUUUCGUAGGGAAACCGUGUUCCAGCAUGAUCUGCCACAGCUCGUUUCUUUUCACUGAGUCGUAUGCCGCCCUGAAGUCCACAAACAGAUGGUGAGUCGAUAAGUUGUACUCCAGGAACUUAUCGAGUAUCUGUCGCAGGGUGAAAAUUUGAUCCGUCGUGGAACGCCCUUGUCGAAAACCAGCUUGGUAUUCGCCAACAAAGGAUUCCGUUAACGGUCUCAAUCUGAAGAACAGGAUACGGGAGAGCACUUUAUAUGCGGAGUUGAGCAACGUUAUCCUCGAUAGUUGCCACAAUCCAAUCGAUGGCCCUUCUUAUAGAUAGGGCAUAUGAGGUCUUCCAACCACUCGUUCGGCAUUUGUUCAUCCACCCAGAUCCUUAGUAUUAUCUGGUGGAUCGCAUAGUACAGCCGCUCGCUUCCCGCUUUUAGAAGUUCGGCCGGGAUACCGUCCUUCCCAGCGGCCUUGCCGUUUUUCAGCUCACUAAUCGCCUUUUUCACCUCCUCCUGUGUUGGUGGCUCCACAGCUUGUUCGUCACUCAUAAUCAUCCUGUUCCUGCUCUGCUCAUCCGGCUCCUCACCGUUCAAUAGCGCCUGAAAAUGCUCUUUCCACCUGGCGGCAACCGUCGGUUUAUCAGUAAGCAGGUUGCCGUCCUUGUCAUUACACAUGACCGGCACCGGGAAAUUCCUGCUUCUGACUCUGUUGACAGUUCUAUAGAAUCUCCGCACAUCGUUUUGAGCAUAGCUGUCCUCUGCGCUGGCGAGCACCUGCUCCUCGUACUCGCGCUUCUUCCGACGGUGGGUUCUAUUUUCAGCAGCUCUUGCCACCCUGUACCUCUCUCUGUUCUGACGCGUAGCCGCAGUGAGCAUGCGGCUCCUGGCACGGUUCUUCUCAUCUGUCGCUCUCUGGCACUCGGCAUCGAACCAGACGUUAGGCUGUCUUCCACGCGUCGUACCUACCACCUCUCUCGCAGUCGUUUCGAUGGCGCCGUGAAUACUGCUCCACAGCCCAUUUAUGUCUUCCACUCCUUCCGUAUUCUGCUGCCACGCCAUCAGCUUUCAACCGCUGAAUGUUGAAACGCGUCGUCCUCUCUGUGCGAGAUUUCAGCACGUUCGACAACCGAUCGAGAACGGAUCUUACAAACGACGAGAUAAUGGUCAGAGUCAAUGUUUGGUCCCCGAAAAGACCUAACAUCAGUAACAUCCGAAAAGUGCCGACCGUCAAUCAGUACGUGAUCGAUCUGGGAGCAGGCUUCCCCAUUUGGAUGCCUCCAGGUGUAUUUCCGAAUAUUCAAACGUGGAAAAUAGGAUCAUUUGGCACCAGUUUUGUUUAAAUUAGUUAUUUAGUUUCUGAGAUAAUGAAAUUUCGUUAUUUUCACAUUUUGAUACAUGCCUAAACUAAAAAUCCGAUUACAAUAAAGUUCACUAGGGUGUUAUGAGGCCACUAAACCUUUCAUUUUUAAAUAAUUUCGUAAAAACCGGUCUAGCCAUUUCUGAGAAAAGUAAGUGAGUUUAAGCAGUCUUUGGUGUAUGCUUUGCUUUUAUAACGUGAUUUGACAUUUUUAUAAAUAACGGACAAAGUUACAAACCAUUUACAAUGAACUCAAAAGCAACCUAUGGGACAACUAGGCCUUUCAUUCGAGACUAAUUUUGUGAAAAUCGGUCCAGCCACCUCUGAGAAAAGUGAGUGAGUUUAAACAGCCUCUGGAAAACAUUUCUGCACAUAACUUUUGAACCAUAUGUUUAAUCUUUAUGAAAUUUAUAAGUGAAGAGCUCUGAAGAUAGCCCGUUCAUUUGACAUCAGACACACAUACAUACAUACAUACAGAAAAUACUCAGUUCGUCGAACUGAGUCGAGUGAUAUACGACAUUCGGCCCUCUGGUGCACUUUCAUACCUUUAGUUUUUUCAGUGAUUGCUACACCUUUCUAGGAGAAAGGCAAAAAGAGUACAAUUUCCCUUGAUUUUUUUUUUGAAACUUGAUAACUUAACGAGAGCGGUGUACGGCCUUCACGUUGACUGUUCAAAUCCAUUUCUUAACUCUAUUAAUCUGUUUGCAGUGCUCUUCAGUUAUUCUUGUACUUUAGAAGCUCAUAGAUUAAAAAAAACGACCACUCGAAACUCUCAGGAAUGAUUCAAAAUUAUGUCAAAAUUUGAUUUGAUUUUGUGAUUUUUUCCCAACAUUUUCAAUGUGCUAUUACAUUACUUUUAAGGAUAGUGUUUUGAACAGUUACUUGUGAAAGAAAAAUCCUCAAAAAACCUAAGAUCUGUGAGAAUUUCAUCAAAAUCGAUGCAAUAUUUCUUAAGAUACCCCUAUUCAACAACAUGAAAACUUCUUUAGAGAAUUGGAAGAAUCGGAAUCUAAACCGAACGAAACUUACUACUUUGCUCAUUUUUGCAAAGCUGUUACUAAUGCGUAUCCAUACUAAAUGUUUUAAAUUAUUAUUCGUAAAAUGCAGAGGCGUUGCGUACCUUAUUUCGGCACAUGUGCACAAACCGUAUUCGAAGUUCUUUUCCGUAAAUAGAGAAGAAAAUCAAACCAAUGUGUUUGACGCUUCAUUAGAAGAGAUCCCGCUGACAUGCUUACUUGUUAUAUAUGUUAUUAUAUUUCAAUAAUUGCAUAUGUUCUGAUAUUGAGGAAUAAAGUACCUGGGAAGUGCACAUGUUGCACAGGCGGACCCGGCGCCACUAGAAAAAUGGCAUUUCGUACAAAAGUUAACUUUCAGGUGUAAAUGGAAAAAAGAGCAGAGGUUUUAAUGUCAUUUCCCAAAAGUGAAAAAGGCGUUUUUUUUGGAAGUGUAGCUGGGAAGUAGUGCUUAACACUUGGAGCCGGAACGUGAAUUUUGACAAAAUCGGUCGAUCAAUAUACUUUGCUAAUGAUAUGACAAUUACACGUGGACUUGAAAAAAUAGUAUGUACGUAUAUUACAUUUUUUAAAGCCGGAAAACACAAUCACAUACCAUUCUCCGGUUGCAUCUGGAUGCAUCGUUCUGCUUCCCAAUUGCCUAAAGCGUCGCAGUUUCCGGUAACGGCAAUCGUUUCAUCUUUCAGCAACUCAUAGUUAACUAAAACACGGAAGUUGUAUUUCCGAUCUCCAGCUGUUUCUAAAGGUUUAGUUUUUUUCACAUUUGAAGAUAAAGAUGUUACGCUAUUAGCAGCGGUAUCUUUUUCUUCGAGGAACCACCAGCGCUGCAUGUUUAGUUGUGCUGAAAAAUAAAAAAAUACUGAAAUCUUAAAGUGUAUGUAUAUGAUACGUGUGUUUUAUUAUUUGAAAAUUUUUAUUUAUCGAAAUUGAUAAUGUUACCAUAUCAAAGCAAAGCCUAGGUGCUACAUUCUGCUAUUGAAACUUAAAAUUUUGCUGUUUAUUAGACACAGACUUCACGGUCAACCAUAAUUGUAUCGGACAAUUGUAGGGUUAGCGGUUACGAGCGUGUCUAUCCCGAGUCUCGGGAUUUGAACGCACAACGAGUAGCUUACUCAAGACCAAUUAGGAAAUGAAUUCCUUAUCAUUUACAUUACAGAACAAUACUCGGUGUUUUCGAAUCAUAUGAAUAUGCAGAAACUUGGAAACAAUAAAUCCUGGUCACUAAUAAAAGAAGAGCAGUGAUUAGGUAAAGAGAUGAUAAAAUUGGCACCCUAAAAUACUGUAAUUGUUUUUAUGCUUAUUUCUAAAAUCAUGCACAAUUCCUUCAACAGGCGGUAAAUUUCCCGUCUCAAGGUUACCAGAUAAUUUGCGUCGAUUCUGUUUUCA